AUGCUCCAGUAUACCGAGCUUCUGUGGGAGAUGGCGGCGAGGCGGCGCGGACAGAAAACUCGCUGGCGCGUGGUUGUCUUUAUUGAAUUUGCAAAGGCAGUCUGCCGCUUGCUUCUUCUGCGAUUGACCAACUCCAGACCACUCGUCAGUCCUCCACUUCCAGAGCGCGAGGUAGAUCCAAGGACAACAGAAGAAGAGGAGCCACAGAGUGACUGGAACGGAAUGGACACUCCAGUCAGCGAGCGGCCUUCGGACUUAAGUUGGACGAUGCCUCGCACGGGACUUUCCCUUCCGUCUCUACCCGACGUAAACGAUGUGUCGAACUAUCUCAUUUCCAAAGUGCUUACAGCAGAUGACAUCAAACCCCCGAAGGCCCUCCUCCACCGGGCGACGGGGCAAGGACAGCUGGCUGAAGUGCUCUACAUCCUUCGGCCUGUCGUCUACGCAAUGGCGAUGCAAAAGUGGAGUGGUGAUAAACGAAGCUGGCGGCCAUGGCUUAUUGGAUUUGGGAUGGAGUAUGGCUGCCGCCAGCUCGCAAAGCGGGACUUCCGUGAACGUGUCGCCGGCGGUCUUCGAGGACUCACAGGACUUGAGCGAGAGGAACUGAAGAAGCGCGGGUGGUCAAUGGGCUGGUGGAUGAUGCGAGGCGCAUUCUAUGAAAACAUCACCAAGUCCUGGUUACACAGUAUAACGGGCAAGAUGAAAGGCAAGCCAUUGUUGGACUUGGUGGGUAGCGUUGUGGAGGAUUAUGAAUACCUUUGGGACAACUUCUACUUCUCAACUGCUACGCUGUGA